CCUUCGGCGCUGCGGCCGCAGAGCCUCCAGCCAAGCGGUGAGGUGGAGGUGGCGCGGCGCCGGCCGCCGCCCCCCGCCGCGUGAGGAAAUGGCUCUCACGUGAGGGAAGCGGCAGCGCCCGGCUCACCCUGCCCGCUGCCCGGAGAGGAGGCGCCAGCGGGUCUGGGGCCGUCCAAGGCAUGCCGACGAGCUUCACGGUGGUGCCGGUGGAGGCGCAGGGAGAGGAGCGGCAGCGGGAUGGGCAGCUGCCAGAGGAGGAAGAUGAAGGCAACGAGAGGGACAGGGGCGCUGGGGAUGGGAUUGCCAGGGAAAGUAGUCCAUUUAUUAACUGUGCAGAAUUGGGCAGCGAAAACAUUUAUGAAGGAAAGAAUAUGGCUCUCUUUGAGGAAGAAAUGGAUAGUAACCCCAUGGUGUCAUCUCUUCUGAAUAAACUAGCAAACUACACUAAUCUGACUCAAGGAGUGGUGGAACAUGAAGCAGAUGAAGACAGCAAACGAAAGGAAGUCAAGGGUCCACGAAUGGGCACUUUUAUUGGUGUAUAUCUUCCCUGUUUGCAAAACAUCUUGGGAGUUAUCCUUUUCCUGCGUUUAACAUGGAUUGUAGGAACAGCUGGAGUUCUUGAGUCUUUCAUCAUUGUGUUCAUGUGUUGUGCUUGUACUAUGCUUACUGCAAUUUCAAUGAGUGCUAUAGCAACAAAUGGUGUAGUUCCAGCUGGAGGCUCUUACUACAUGAUUUCAAGAUCUUUAGGGCCAGAGUUUGGUGGAGCAGUGGGACUUUGUUUCUACUUGGGCACAACCUUUGCAGGAGCAAUGUACAUUCUUGGUACCAUUGAAAUUUUAUUGACCUAUAUUUCUCCAAGUGCUGGUAUAUUUAAAGUGGCAGAUGUUGGUGAAGAAACAGAGGCUAUGCUGAACAACAUGAGAGUCUAUGGAACAUGUAUAGUCAUUCUGAUGGCCAUAGUAGUUUUUGUGGGAGUAAAGUAUGUCAACAAACUUGCACUGGUCUUCCUUGCCUGUGUGAUUCUUUCCAUCAUUGCCAUAUAUGCUGGAGUUAUUAAGACUGCUUUUGACCCACCUGACUUUCCUAUCUGUCUCCUUGGAAACCGUACAUUGUCAAAACGCAGCUUUGAUGUCUGUGCCAAAUUUACUGAAAGCAAUAAUGAAACAAAGACUACACCUCUGUGGCGCCUGUUCUGUGAUAGUUCUUUGCUUAAUGCUACAUGUGAUGACUAUUUCAGUCUCAAUAAUGUAACAGAAAUUCAAGGAAUUCCAGGAAUAAUGAGUGGAGUUCUAACUGAUAAUCUCUGGAGUGCCUAUUCAGAAAAAGGAUCAAUAAUUGAGAAAAAAGAUCAGCCAUCAGUUGCUGGAUCAGAAGAGUCAAAAAUGGGUGGACUUCCUUAUGUUUUUACAGACAUCAUGACCUACUUCACAAUGCUUGUAGGGAUUUAUUUUCCAUCUGUGACAGGUAUUAUGGCAGGUUCAAAUAGAUCUGGAGAUCUAAAGGAUGCUCAAAAAUCUAUUCCUACUGGAACAAUUUUGGCUAUUUCAACUACAUCUUUUAUUUAUCUCUCCUGUAUAGUGUUGUUUGGUGCCUGUAUAGAAGGUGUAAUAUUAAGAGAUAAGUUUGGAGAAGCAGUUAAUGGAAAUCUGGUGGUUGGUACACUGGCCUGGCCUUCUCCAUGGGUUAUUGUGAUUGGUUCAUUCUUUUCAACAUGUGGUGCUGGUCUCCAGAGUCUCACUGGUGCACCCCGGCUAUUGCAGGCCAUUGCAAGAGAUGGCAUUGUACCAUUUAUUCAAAUUUUUGGUCAUGGAAAAGCAAAUGGAGAACCAACUUGGGCUCUGCUCCUCACUGUUGGUAUUUGUGAAAUAGGAAUUUUGAUAGCCUCAUUGGACAGUGUAGCACCGAUUCUUUCAAUGUUUUUCCUUAUGUGUUAUAUGUUUGUAAAUCUGGCUUGUGCAGUUCAGACACUUUUGCGAACUCCCAACUGGAGACCUCGUUUCAAGUAUUACCACUGGACUCUUUCAUUCCUGGGGAUGAGUUUAUGUCUUGCCUUGAUGUUCAUUUGCUCUUGGUACUAUGCUUUGAUUGCCAUGCUAAUCGCAGGAUGUAUAUACAAAUACAUAGAAUAUAGAGGAGCGGAAAAAGAAUGGGGCGAUGGAAUCCGAGGAUUGUCUCUGAAUGCAGCUCGCUAUGCUUUGCUUCGUGUUGAAGACGGUCCUCCUCACACCAAGAACUGGAGACCUCAGCUUUUGGUCUUGUUAAAUUUGGAUAAUGAGCAGUUGGUCAAACACCCUAGAUUGCUUUCUUUUACCUCUCAGUUGAAGGCUGGUAAAGGACUGACUAUUGUGGGUUCUGUGCUUCAGGGAAUCUACUUAGAUAAAUGUACAGAAACUCAGAAAGCUGAAGAGAAUGUUAAGGCCUUAAUGGGUGUAGAAAAGACUAAAGGAUUUUGCCAGAUUGUGGUAUCUCCUAACUUCAGAGAUGGAAUAUCCUAUUUGAUUCAGUCAGCUGGUCUAGGAGGGAUGAAGCAUAACACGGUCCUGAUGGCAUGGCCACAGUCGUGGAAGCAGACAGAAAAUCGUUUCUCAUGGAAAAAUUUUGUUGAUACUGUACGAGAAACAACUGCAGCUCAACAAGCACUUUUGGUGGCUAAAAACAUAGAUUUAUUCCCAACAAAUCAAGAACGUUUUACUGAAGGAAAUAUCGAUGUGUGGUGGAUUGUUCAUGAUGGUGGUAUGCUGAUGUUGCUGCCUUUUCUCCUUCGACAGCACAAGGUUUGGAGAAAAUGUAAAAUGCGUAUCUUCACUGUUGCUCAAAUGGAUGAUAAUAGCAUUCAAAUGAAGAAGGAUCUUCAGAUGUUCUUAUACCACCUUAGACUAAAUGCUCAAGUGGAAGUUGUUGAAAUGUUUGAAAAUGAUAUUUCUGCAUUCACAUAUGAGAAGACACUUAUGAUGGAACAGCGAUCUCAGAUGCUAAAACAGAUGCAGCUAUCAAAGAAUGAAAGAGAAAGGGAGGCUCAGCUGAUCCAUGAUAAAAAUACUGCCUCACGCUCUGCUCCAGCAGUUGAAGCAAGUGUGGCUGCUGCUGUGCCAGAGAAAGUGCAAAUGACCUGGACUAAAGAAAAGUUUGUAGCAGAAAAGCAUAAAAACAAGGAUUCCAAUGUGUCUGGCUUUAAAGAUAUUUUCAACAUGAAGCCAUAAGAGCUACUUCCUGCAUCAAACCAAUGUAGUAGACACAAAAACAAUGGCAGAGAGAAAUCAUCUUGUUUGUUUCCUAAUGUUGUGAUUUUAAGCAUUCACAUGCAUCUUUUUGUAGUUCUGGAAGACUGCACUCAGAAGAAUAGCUUAAAUUCUUUUCUGCACAUGACCAAACCAAAACUGUGGAUGUCAAGGGAAAUCUUAAUAUCUAAAUGAAAUGCAUCUUAAAUCUAGGACUUGUAGGCAGUGCAGUUAGAAAGCGUAUUUCAAAUUAGUACCUUAAAGUCCUAAGUCCUGGAUUUGCUUUGUGCUCUUUAGAAACAGCUUGCCUUCUGCACAUUCCAAAAAUUAUUGUGCUCAUGCUCUAAAGCAUUGUCCUAGGCUGCAUUUAUACUCUAAUCAUUAGGGGUUUUUAAAAUGUAUAUCUUUGAAAAAUUUUUAUUACUGCUUUAGAAUUGUGCAAAACACUGAUUUCAGAUAUUAUUAAGACUACUAUGUGUAGUUGGGUAGAAAUUACAGUUCAAACUUAGGGUGUCUGUACAGUAUAUUAAUAUUGUUGACUUUAAAAUGUACCUGAUGGCAUAUUUUUUUUCCUAUGCAUUUGCUUCCCUUUCACAUAGAGAAUGGGAAAAUCUGUAAGUCUAAAUUUCACUUCACCUAAACAACAAACGCUGGGUUCUUUGGUUCUUGUGAUCUUGUACAUUGUAUGCAUGGUUCUUAAUUGUCAUUUGCAAUGCGUGUAUUCUUUUGUUCCUUGUUUAAUAUACUGUGAUUUAGCAUGUCACUGAAAAGAUAUUGUGACUUGUUAAUGUUCUCUUCAAUAUGAUCAACUUUCUUUUCAAGGUAAGUCACAAAACAUGCGUUAUAGUUUCUGUAAGAAUAUAAAACUUGACAGUACUUCUCUGCACCAGCAUAAUAUUUAGUGUUCUAAUUAACUACAUUAAAAAAUGAGUAUUUUUUUUUUCUGGAAGAAUAGCCUCCCUUGUGCUAUAACUACUUGGACAAUAGGAAAUAUUUGUUCACAAAAGGAACUUCCAUGUUUCAUCAAAAAGUCAGUUCUUGCCUGCCUUCUACCAACCCAUGCAUGUGUAGAAAUAACGUAAGUUUGGACAUACUUUAGGUAUGACAGCACACAAAAAGAGAAUACUACAUCUCUUGAGUGGAAUUC